AUGGCAGACUGCAGCAUGGAGGGGAGCAAGCGGCCAGGAUCAGAGGUGGGAGUUUCUUACACUGGCUUGGCUGUUGAGAAACUUCAGGAGCUUGUGGUGAUGGAAUCAUUGCUUUUACUUUGCAAGUUACUUAAGGAUAUUGUUGGGAUUAAGAAACAGUUUAGGCUUGCAACUCAGCCUUUGGCUUUAAAGAUAUUACAAAACUCAGGUGUAAUGUCUUUGCUGAGACCUCUUUUGCUGGAUGUUGUCCCAACUGUUCAACAGACUGCUGCUUUGGCUCUUGGGAGACUUGCCAAUUACAAUGAUGACCUGGCAGAGGCAGUUGUGAAGGGAGACAUUCUUCCACAGCUCGUGUGCUCAUUGUCUGAGCAGAAUCGUUUCUACAAAAAGGCAGCUGCAUUUGUGCUAAGAGCAGUUGCUAAACAUUCUCCACAGCUGGCUCAGGCAAUAGUUCAGUGUGGAGCACUGGAAAUGCUUGUGAUUUACUUGGAAGAUUUUGACCCUGGAGUCAAAGAAGGUGCAUCUUGGGCCCUUGGGUAUAUUGCCCGACACAAUUCAGAACUGUCACAAGCUGUGGUGGAUGCAGGCGCUGUUCCUCUUUUAGUGCUCUGUAUCCAGGAGCCAGAAAUUGCUUUGAAAAGGAUUGCUGCUUCAACUCUCAGUGAUAUUUCAAAGCAUUCUCCAGAGUUAGCACAGACAGUAGUGGAUGCAGGAGCUAUCGCUCACUUAGCUCAGAUGAUCCUCAACCCUGAUGCUAAACUGAAGCGUCAGGUGCUGUCAGCUCUAAGCCAAAUAGCAAAGCAUUCAGUGGAUCUUGCAGAGUUGGUGGUUGAAGCAGAAAUUUUCCCAGUUGUGCUCACAUGCCUGAAGGACUCAGAUGAAUAUGUCAAGAAAAAUGGUGCAACUUUAAUUAGAGAGAUAGCAAAGCAUACGCCUGAGCUUUCACAGCUUAUAGUAAAUGCAGGUGGAGUUGCUGCUGUGAUUGAUUGUAUUGGCAGCUGCAGAGGGACUGUCAGACUGCCUGGCAUCAUGAUGCUCGGUUAUGUAGCAGCUCAUUCAGAGAACCUGUCAAUGGCAGUGAUUGUCUCCAAGGGAGUACCACCAUUGUGUGCCUGCUUGAUAGAAGAACAUGAAGAUCAUAUUAAGGCAGCAGCUGCUUGGGCCUUGGGACAGGUUGGAAGACAUACUCCUGAGCAUGCACGUGCCGUUGCAGUGGCAAACGUGCUACCCACACUGCUUGCUCUGUAUAUGGACACACGCAGUUCAGAAGAUCUCCAAAUGAAAACUAAAAGAGCCUUAAAGAACAUCCUUCAGAAAUGCACGUAUCUUCCAGCACUUGAACCAUUGCUGCAUGAUGCGCCUCCCAAUAUUAUGAAACAUAUUGUUGGGCAGUUUAGUAAGGUGUUACCACAUGACAGUAAAGCACGUCGUCUCUUUGUAACAACUGGUGGACUUAAAAAGGUUCAAGAAAUAAAAGCAGAACCUGGGUCACUUCUUCAGGAAUAUAUCAACACUAUUAACAAUUGCUAUCCAGAGGAAAUAGUAAGGUAUUACUCCCCUGGAUACUCUGAGAUACUUCUGGAAAGGGUGGAAAAUUACCAUCCAGUUUUAUAAACUUCAAUUUUUUAUUAGACCUGUAUUUCACAUUUAUGCCUUUAUGACUGUAAUACAAAUACAGCUGUUGAAACUCUUGUUUGAUUCUGAAAUCUCCUUCUACUCUUUGAACUACUGAAAGAGCUCACCAAUUCCAGUAAGCUAUAUUUUGUUCUUUAUAAACUUGUUUGUUGCUAA